UAUGUUCACUUAACAAAUGCACAAAAUAGAAUAAUCAAAAAAAUCGUAAUAACUCGCACAAAGUUAAAAAUUGAGUCUUUAACAUUAGGACUUGAUGAGGCUCGCGCUUAUUUAAACGUGAUCAGCUCUGCCUCGGCGCCUCGGUUACUGGGGCAACCUGCGCCCUUCCGCACACAGCUCUAAACAAUGUAGCAGCUAACAGCUUAUUUAACCCGAAAAUAGCUAUUGAUUUGAGUUUUUAAGUUUUCCCUUUAAACCUUAAGUCGGUAUUUAGUUUACAAUGCUUCGUCCAAAGUAUUUCACGUCGAAGGAAGUGUCUCUUCACAACACACUUGAAGAUAUAUGGGUGUCUUACCUGGGCAAAGUAUACAAUCUGACACCACUUGCUGAAGAAAAUAAAGGAGACCUGUUGUUGAAAUCUAUUAUCGAGUGUGCAGGAAAGGACAUCAGUCACUGGUUUGACCCAAAGACAAAGGACAUUCUCAGACAUGUUGACCCGUUAACUGGCUGCAUUAAAUACUACACCCCUAGGGGGCGCUUUAUACACGUACCCCCUCCAUGCCCACACACUGACUGGGCCAAUGACUUCGGGAGACCAUGGUGGAAGGAUAACCGCUAUGAAAUUGGGCUGCUGUCAACCAAAACACGCUGGAUUCGCAUUAUAAACACUCUUACCUCCCAGGAUCAAAGACUGGAGCAGGUGUGCUCAGAGGAGACUUUGGAUGAGAUUCUCCAGAGAUACCUGUGCUAUAAUGCCCAUGCAGCAAGCUACACCUGGAAACACAAUGGCGUGAACUUGGUUAUGAGCAAGACCCUUGGCGAAAACAACAUCCCUGAAGCGGAUGAGUUAUACUGUGGAAGCAUAGACUGCAACCUCUUCUCUUCUUCUAUAUCCCUGUAUUUUAAUUAUGACCUAACCGAAUUUUGACCAUGAGAGGACAAUGAAUUAAUGUGGACAAUGAAUAUAUAUAAUUCAUUAAAUAUUACUAUCUACAACAAAACAAAUGUAGAAUUCUAUAGAUUCAAGCUGAAAGCAUAAACACGGCGUCAACUAUU